AUGGAUUCAGACGAGAUAGUAGCCCCAGAACCUCCGCAGGAGGAAGAGGACCUGAACGCAAAUCUCUUCAACCCUCUAAACGAGCUUAAGAAAAAGCCAGGAGGUCCCGCCCCAGCCCGUCGAAAACUGGGCCCGCACGGCAAAGGCGCCACAAGUCUCAACCCAUACGAGCGCCGCCGCGAUGUAAUCGUACGCUUUAUUUCGCGCUGGCGGAACGAAGUCGGCGACGACAUCUACCCAGCUCUUCGAUUAAUUCUGCCCGACAAGGACCGCGAUCGACCCAUGUACGGCGUCAAAGAGAAGGGCAUCGGGAAGAUGCUAGUCAAGAUAAUGAAGAUCAACAAGGAAUCGGAAGACGGGUACAAUCUAUUGAACUGGAAGCUUCCGGGCCAGAGCGCGGCGACGCGCAUGGCUGGUGAUUUUGCCGGACGGUGUUUCGAUGUUCUUUCCAAGCGGCCGAUGCGCACCGAGCCUGGGGACAUGACGAUCGACGAGGUCAACGAGAAGCUGGAUAGGCUGUCUGCUGCGUCGAAGGAGGAUGAACAGCUGUCCAUUAUGACGGAGUUCUACCGCCGUAUGAAUCCUGAAGAGCUGCUGUGGCUUAUUCGCAUCAUCCUUCGGCAGAUGAAGGUUGGGGCAACGGAACGGACGCUCUUUGAUGUUUGGCAUCCCGAUGCUGAGAGCCUGUACAGCAUAUCUAGUAGUCUGCGCCGGGUGUGUUGGGAGCUUCAUGAUCCGAAUAUUCGGCUUGAGGGCGAAGAGCGUGGUGUCGCGCUGAUGCAAUGCUUUCAGCCGCAGCUGGCUCAAUUCCAGAUGCAUUCGUUUGAAAAGAUCAUUGCUCGUUUGAAGCCAACAGAAGACGAUAAUGUUUUCUGGAUCGAGGAAAAGCUGGACGGUGAACGUAUGCAGCUCCAUAUGGUGCCCGAUGACUCAAUAGAUGGUGGUCGGAGGUUUGGGUUCUGGUCACGCAAAGCCAAAGACUACACCUAUCUCUAUGGAAAUGGGAUCCACGACGAGAACAGUGCCUUGACGAGACAUCUCAAAGAUGCGUUCGUCGACGGGGUGCAAAGCAUUAUCCUCGACGGCGAGAUGAUUACUUGGGAUCCCGAACAAGAUUCCAUCGUCCCCUUCGGCACGCUCAAGACUGCAGCCCUGGCCGCACAGCGCAAUCCCUUCUCAACUGAUCAUCGGCCCUUGUACCGUGUGUUUGAUAUCUUGCAUCUCAAUGGUCGCGAUCUGACAAAGUAUACGCUUCGUGAUCGUCGUAACGCCAUGAGCAAGACUAUCAGACCCGUUCAUCGCCGUUUCGAAGUUCACCCUUACGAGGAGGCAACCACCACCACAGAAGUUGAAGCCGCUCUGCGGAAGGUUGUCGCUGAGGCUUCUGAAGGUCUUGUAUUGAAAAAUCCACGCUCUCCAUACCGAUUGAACGAGCGCCACGAUGACUGGAUGAAAGUAAAGCCGGAAUACAUGACUGAGUUCGGAGAGUCUCUCGAUGUCGUUGUAAUAGGUGGAUAUUAUGGCUCUGGGCACCGAGGAGGCGCCCUAUCCAGUUUUCUAUGCGGGCUGCGAGUCGACGAUAAUUCCACAGGGCCAGAAUCCAUGAAAUGCUGGUCCUUUUGCAAGGUCGGCGGCGGCUUCACCGCGGCCGACUACCAGGAGGUUCGCCAUCAUACUGAUGGGAAGUGGAAGGAGUGGGACGUGAAACGACCUCCGACUACCUAUAUCGAACUAGCCGGUGGAGAUGCCCAGAUCGAGAGUCCAGACAUGUGGAUCAAGCCAUCGGACUCAAUAGUACUGUGUGUGAAAGCUGCUUCGGUGGCAGUGAGUGAAACGUUCCGCAUGGGCCUGACAUUGCGUUUCCCGCGCUUCAAGAAGCUGCGCAAGGACAAGGACUGGAAAAACGCUCUCUCGGUCCAGGGAUUCCUGGAUCUCAAGUCUAAUGCCGAGCAAGAGCACCGGGAAAAGGAAUUCUCUGUUGAUAAUUCCCGGAAGAAACGAGUCAAGAGGACCACUAAGAAACCGCUCACCAUUGCUGGGCAUGACGAGAACGUCGGCACCCAGUAUAUUGGACCAUCUGGGCAUGUGUUCGAUGAACUGAAUUUCUUCAUAAUGACUGAAUCGACUAUCCCAGAAAAGAAGACAAAACCUCAGCUAGAGCAACUUGUGAAAGCCAACGGCGGUAAAAUCUAUCAGACCAACACGGCAGCAGCAGAUACGCUCUGCGUUGCGGAGCGGAAGACGGUCAAGGUGGCUUCGCUGCUAAAAAGGGGCGAGGAGAACAUCAUCCGUCCAUCCUGGCUAAUUGACUGCGUCAAGCAAAACGAAAAGGACGCCGGAAUGCCCGACUUUCUCCUUCCAUUCGAGCCUAGACACAUGUUUUUCAUAAUGGAAGACAGGGAAGAAGAAAUCACGGCAAAUGUCGACAAAUUCUCCGACAGCUAUGCUCGCGAUACAACCGCAGACGAGCUCAAAGAUAUAUUAAAACAAAUGGCCGACUCCAACAAGUCCGACCACACUCCCGACCCAUGGACCUUCCAAAAAAUAGAAUCCCGUAUCCAGGACAGAGUCAACGCCGGCUACACAGCACCCUGCGGCUGGCUAUUCCGAGGCCUAACAAUACUCUUCCACUCCCAGUCAGAGUCAGAGGAAAGAAAGAAAAAUGACCUCCGCCUUCGCCUCGCCCAAAACACAGCCCGAUUCGCAGGCGCCGGAAGCGCCUCUUCGCUAGAAAACGCAAGCAUCACACAUGUAGUACUCGACCCGAGCACUGUGCUGUAUUCUGCAGAGAUAUCAUCUCUUCGGACAACUCUUGCUGCUAGACCCGGGCUCAAAAUCCCGCAUCUCGUCAGCGUCGACUGGAUAGAAGAGUGCUGGGCAAACGGCACUUUACUGGACGAGGAGCGGUUUCAGGUUCGGCGGUGA